GCUGGUUUUCCCCAGUUUGGAUUAGUGAGAUCAGAUUUGAUGUUGCUGGCUGGGUAGAGAACUAAUAUAAAGAAACAACUCCUUUUCUGGACCGUAAUCUGAAUUUUACAUUACUACGUGCUAUUAAAGAGCUGAGCUUGUAGAGUACAUUCACAUGCAGUUCCAUAUUUCAUAAUUUUCUGUAAUUAUCAUAUAUACAUAGAAAGACAUAUAACACAUGUGUACAGUUUAAAGAAUGAUUAUAAUAUGAACACCCAGUUAACCACCGCUCAGAUAAAGAAAAAUUACCAGCAUUCCAGGAGCCCCACCUUCACCAUGUGCUCUAUCCAGAUGGUGACCUCUUCUCUCCUCUGGGUAGCUACUGUCUUUACUUUUGUCAUUUUCUUGCUUCUCUUUGUAAUGUAGCAACUUAUAUUUGUAUCAUAACACGCUAUAGUUUAGGUUUGCCUGGUUUUGAACUUAUAUGAAUAGAAUUAUGUUAUGUGCUCUCGUGUCUGGCAUCUUUCAGUGUUACACGUCUGAGAUUUUCUCUGUGUUUUUGCCAUCCAGUGCAAUUUCUUUAAAAAGCCUUUUCUAUAUUUGAUCCUCUCCCUUUUUUACUUAGGAUCCCUCUAAAUGCUUUCAGUUAUUCCUCCUUUGCCUUCUUGGAUUUUCUGCUAAAUAAGGUCUAAAGACUCAAAGUUGUCUGGACCCCAGUUUUGUGAACAUAUCCGACUGCCCCAGUUUGAUGGCAUUCGUUUAGAUGAGACUACAUCUUUAAGGCUUCUGUGCUCAGUUAAAAAUCUUCCUUUCUCCAAGCUGGUCCAAGGGUCUGGUCACGUGAUGCCACCAGUGACAUCACAUUCUGACCGCGGGGAACACUGGUGGUUCUUUAGGUGGCGUUUGUUCCUGAGAAAGGCAGAAAACGCAGCAAGUGCCCUUCUAAAGCAGUUCAUACCGGAGCUCCUUCUGUAAAUCUCCUCAACCUAAAUGACCAAAUGCUGGCUGCCAAAGUUAUUUCUUCCUUGAGGCAGAAAAAAAGAAAGCUGUGAUUGAAGAGGAAAAAUCAUACAAUGGUGGAGGAAUAGGUUCUUCAAAUAGGAUGAUGGACUUCUUGGAGGAGCCAAUCCCUGGUGUGGGGACCUAUGAUGAUUUCAAUACAAUUGACUGGGUGAGGGAGAAGUCUCGAGACCGGGAUAGGCACCGAGAGAUUACCAAUAAAAGCAAAGAGUCAACAUGGGCCUUAAUUCACAGUGUGAGUGACGCUUUUUCUGGCUGGUUGUUGAUGCUACUCAUUGGGCUCUUAUCAGGCUCCUUAGCUGGCUUGAUAGACAUUUCUGCUCAUUGGAUGACAGACUUAAAAGAAGGCAUAUGCACAGAGGGAUUCUGGUUUAACCAUGAACACUGUUGCUGGAACUCUGAGCACGUCACCUUCGAAGACAGAGACAAAUGCCCUGAGUGGAAUAGCUGGUCCCAGCUUCUCAUCAGCACAGAUGAGGGAGCCUUUGCCUACAUAGUCAAUUAUUUCAUGUACGUUCUCUGGGCUCUCCUAUUUGCCUUCCUUGCCGUGUCUCUUGUCAAGGUAUUUGCGCCUUAUGCCUGUGGCUCCGGAAUUCCUGAGAUAAAAACUAUCUUGAGCGGUUUUAUUAUUAGGGGCUAUUUGGGUAAGUGGACCCUGAUUAUCAAAACCAUCACGUUGGUGCUGGCCGUGUCAUCAGGCUUGAGCUUGGGCAAAGAGGGCCCCCUAGUGCACGUGGCUUGCUGCUGUGGGAACAUCCUGUGCCACUGCUUCAACAAAUACAGGAAGAAUGAGGCCAAGCGCAGAGAGGUCUUGUCGGCUGCAGCAGCAGCUGGUGUAUCCGUAGCCUUUGGGGCACCAAUCGGUGGAGUAUUAUUCAGCCUAGAAGAGGUCAGCUACUAUUUCCCCCUCAAAACGUUGUGGCGUUCAUUCUUUGCUGCCUUGGUGGCAGCAUUUACUCUACGUUCCAUCAAUCCAUUUGGAAACAGCCGACUAGUUCUGUUUUAUGUGGAGUUUCACACCCCAUGGCAUCUCUUUGAGCUUGUGCCGUUCAUUCUGCUGGGUAUAUUUGGUGGUCUGUGGGGUGCUUUGUUUAUCCGCACCAACAUCGCCUGGUGUCGGAAGCGUAAGACCACUCAGUUGGGCAAGUAUCCUGUCAUAGAGGUACUUGUUGUGACAGCCAUCACUGCUAUCCUGGCUUUCCCCAAUGAAUACACCCGCAUGAGCACAAGUGAGCUCAUUUCUGAGCUGUUUAAUGACUGUGGCCUUCUGGAUUCCUCCAAGCUUUGUGACUAUGAGAACCGUUUCAACACAAGCAAGGGGGGUGAACUGCCUGACAGACCGGCUGGUGUGGGAGUCUACAGUGCCAUGUGGCAGCUGGCCUUGACACUCAUACUGAAAAUUGUCAUCACUAUAUUCACCUUUGGCAUGAAGAUCCCAUCUGGCCUGUUUAUCCCCAGCAUGGCUGUUGGUGCUAUAGCAGGCCGACUUUUAGGAGUAGGAAUGGAGCAGCUGGCUUAUUACCACCAUGACUGGGCCAUCUUUAAUAGCUGGUGUAGUCAAGGAGCAGAUUGUAUCACCCCUGGACUUUAUGCGAUGGUUGGGGCUGCAGCCUGCUUAGGUGGGGUGACUCGGAUGACUGUUUCUCUCGUUGUCAUAAUGUUUGAACUAACUGGUGGCUUGGAGUACAUUGUGCCUCUGAUGGCUGCAGCCAUGACAAGCAAGUGGGUGGCAGAUGCUCUGGGGCGGGAGGGCAUCUAUGAUGCCCACAUUCGUCUCAAUGGUUACCCCUUUCUUGAAGCCAAAGAAGAGUUUGCUCAUAAGACCCUGGCAAUGGAUGUGAUGAAACCCCGUAGAAAUGAUCCUUUAUUGACUGUCCUUACUCAGGACAGCAUGACCGUGGAAGAUGUAGAGACUAUCAUCAGUGAAACCACUUAUAGUGGCUUCCCAGUGGUGGUGUCCCGGGAAUCCCAAAGACUUGUGGGUUUUGUUCUCCGAAGAGAUCUCAUCAUUUCAAUCGAAAAUGCUCGCAAAAAACAGGAUGGAGUUGUGAGCACUUCCAUCAUUUAUUUCACUGAGCAUUCUCCUCCGAUGCCACCAUACACACCACCCACCCUAAAGCUUCGGAACAUCCUGGAUCUCAGCCCCUUCACUGUGACUGACCUUACACCCAUGGAGAUUGUAGUGGAUAUCUUCCGCAAGCUGGGACUGCGGCAGUGCCUGGUUACGCACAAUGGGCGAUUGCUUGGAAUCAUUACCAAAAAGGAUGUGCUAAAGCAUAUAGCACAGAUGGCGAACCAAGAUCCUGACUCCAUUCUCUUCAACUAGAAUCACAGGGUUGUGCUAGAUAUAAAACAGGAAGGACAUUGCAGACCAUGGAUGUAUUUUAUUUACUGGGUACCCAAAACACAUUUCCCAUAUUUGGAUGGUGAAGUUAUAUCAGUGUGUUGUCUCUUUCCUAUAAGUUAACCAGUUGCACUACAUAAUCUCUGGAAUUUAAUCUUCUCUUUAGGAGAAAAUACAGUUAGGCUUCUGUGAUAUCGCAUUAGGAAGAUUUCAUGAGAGAAUAAACAAGAUUGCUAGGGUUUAAUUCUUUAAAUUUUUUUUUUUAAUUUAAAACAUAAUUGUUAGCCAAUAUGCAAUCACUGAAAACUAUGCAAGAAAAAUUCCAACCGUCCUGACCUAUAGCCUGCAGAAAGCUCAUGACCAAGUCACUUUUUUGGACUCUGUCAUUGGUGGAAGAUGAAGUGUAAACUAAGGGGCUUUGCUUUUCCGAACACAGAAAGGAAAGCCAGAAGGAAAAUAGUAAUGCUGUUUUUCAGACUGUGAAAAUUCAGUUCAAAUGUUUUCUUGUUCCUGUUACAAUAUUUAGCAUUAUUAGUUUGUGUGUGUGUAUGUGUAUGUUAAUAUCUGAUUAUAAGACAAUGCUGCUUUGGUUAACCUCCUCUAAACAAAUUUAGAGAGGUUGACUUUUAUAGCUUGCUUGUUCCUGGUACUCUUUUGAAGUGCACAAAGAUAAGUUAUGGAACUUUCUCCUUGUCUGCCAAAAGGGUGAUUUUCCAGAUGGUUUUUGUUAGUCCAGUAGACAAGGACUUUGCCAUGAAUUUGUUAGUAAGGAAUGAUUUCUCCAGCUUCCUUGAAAUGAAUGAUUAGUAAAGUUCUAAGCCAAGUCAAUGA